CAAUAUAUGCAAGCGUUGGCUCUGUUUACACUUAAACACGAUCAUGAAUAGCCCUCAUUAACCGAUAUUGAGUGGAUUAAACUCAAAUAUUUAGGAACAACACCAUAAGUUAUAAUUAAAUUUUAAUAUGGAGAAAGAAAUAGAAUAUCGAAAGAGAAUUAUACAGAAAAGUUGUUACUAAUAGAAUUGAGCAUACUUUUUUUUUUCGGGAGCAGUUGGAUUGUAUCGUUUGAUGAUAAUGGCGGAUUCGAAGAUUUUGCUACUUGUCGUAAUUACGAUAUGCUGCUCGCAUCAUGUUGAAACGAAACGUCGCCACCAUCGACAUAAACAUCCUGCUACCGUAAAUGAAAUCGCAAAUAACGAAGCGUUAGCGAAUUCUUACGAACACGAAGAGAAACCAACGUAUAAUUACGGCGAAAAUUAUCCAAAUGCCAACACUCAGGCAUAUAACUUUCCUUAUAAAUCAGUGGAGAGACCAUACCCUUUACCAGCCGCUAUCGUACCACAACCUACAAACCUACGGGAGGCUGUGUCAAAAGCAAGUAAUAAAAUAAAAGACAAUAACUCAGAUAAUUGGGGUAACCAUACUAUCCCCUACUUGAAAGAAUUUAAGAAAGAAAUUGAUCAAGGAAAAAUUCGGCAUCAUGAUUAUGAAGAAUUAACUUGGUACAUGAAAUUUUUUGCCGAACAGUAUCCGGAAAUCACUCGUCUGUACAGUAUAGGUAAUACUGUCCAAAACCGGAAAAUGUGGGUGAUGGAGAUCUCAGAUAAUCCAGGCAAGCACGAAGGAGGAGAGCCAGAAAUGAAAUAUAUUGGUAAUGUGCAUGGCAACGAGGUUGUAGGGCGCGAAAUUUUACUGCAAUUAAUAAAACAUCUUUGCGAAAAUUAUGAAAAAGACGAUAAAAUUACUGAACUCGUGGAUAAAACAAGAAUCCACAUAUUGCCAUCUAUGAACCCAGAUGGUUAUGAAUUAGCAAACACGCAUAAAAAGAGCUCGAACCCUGAGCUGACUGAGGAUGUGAUUGGUCGAUUAAAUGCAAACGGAGUUGAUUUAAAUCGAAAUUUCCCAGACCAAUUCUUCGACAGCGAUGCCGAAAAUUUUGAACCUGAAACAAAAUCCGUUAUUGACUGGAUUAAAAAAUACCCUUUCACAUUAUCUGCAAGUUUUCAUAGUGGUGCACUGGUGGUCACGUAUCCUUUUGAUGACUCUCCAUCGGGACAAGCUCAAUACAGUGCAACUCCAGACGAUGACCUAUUUCGGCAGAUUGCGAAGUCUUAUUCUGAAAAUCAUCCUCGAAUGCAUCUUGCCAAUCCUAAGAGCAACUGUUCUCAUCCAAUGAAACGUUUCACUGAUGGUAUUUCAAAUGGAGCUGUUUGGUCGCCAUUAGCAGGUGGAAUGCAGGAUUAUAAUUACGUCAAGUCCAACUGUUACGAAGUGACAAUUGAGUUGGGUUGUCAUAAAUACCCUGAUGAAGAUCAACUAGCUUCUUAUUGGAAAGAAAAUCAGAAACCUUUGUUAAAGUUUAUUGAGUUUGCUAACAAAGGUGUCCGAGGAUUCAUCAAAGACGAAAGUGGCAAUCCUAUCAAAGGAGCUAAGGUUAUUAUCGGAGAUCGACGUCACGAUAUAAAGUCUGGCGAUGACGGUGAUUUUUACCGACUGCUGGUACCAGGAACAUACGACGUCCAGUGUCGUGCUAAAGGUUUCAAAGGAAGUGUUCAGAACGUUGAAGUUACACCUGGAGAUGCGACAGUGGUUAAUUUUACUAUGAGUCCAAAACAAGUUGAUGGUUUGGAAGAAGCUUUAGGUCAUGUGAACAAGGCGACGCUAUUGACGCACGAUUUACUCUAUCGAUAUGACGGACGAGAUUCAGGUAACGCUGCUCCAAAAGAAGUCAUUGAAAAAGCAGAAGCACAGACUGCUGGGCGAGAGGGAGCAUCAGACCAACAGGACAAUAUUGGAGUUGAAUCUGAAGCUGGAUCUGGUAGCGGUAUGGAUGAGACCGUGCAAGCUCAAAAACUUGCUGAAAGUUUAGCACUAACCAGCAAUGCGCAAGUCAUCAAAGGUAAAACUCAGUCAGCUGUGAAGAAAGACCGUCAACCUUCUUUGCUCGAACAUACAAUCUUUGAUAAACGAGGCAAAAUAUCGCAUCCUGAAAAAAGCAAGAAGAAAAAGUCAGCAAAGAAAAAUAAACUGAAGGAAAUUUCUGAAAAAAGCGUUUCAAAAAGCACUGUAAAAAAUGUCACUGAAACUUUACCUGUCAACAACAACGCCACAGUCACUCCUUCGUCAACUGAGAGUGCAAAAGAAAAUUCAACUGAAAUUGACAGUGAUGUUAUAGCCGCUGCAGAGGAGAAACUCCACGUUAAACCUACCAUCGGCAUGCAUUUAAGAUGCAAGAUUCCAGGAAAAGACACCCUUAUGAAGGGAACAUUGAAAUAUUUGGGACAUAUCUCGAAUUUACCGAAACGAAGUAAUGUUAUUGUGGCUGGAAUGGAGUUAGAUCAUCCGGAGGAGCUGGGAACUGAUGGAUCUUUCCUUGGAAAACGCUACUUUAUCUCGUCGCCAAAGACAGGAUACUUUGUACCUGUUAAAAACUGCUCACCGAUAUAAAUUUUGAUCAGUAGGACUGGUUAAAAAGCAUUGAUAUUUUAAGAGAACAAUAGACGAAAACACUUUGAAUCUGCACGUAAUAGAUAGAGAAGUAUAGUCGACCUUCACUAGCACUUGAUGAUCUAAAAGUGCGAGCAGUUGUUUUCGUCUUCUGAGUAAUAAAGAUGUUGAAGAAACAAAAUAGAUAGAGCCAUAAUAAAAUUGAAAAAGAGGACAUUCUGCUAUAUGCAUUCUAACAAACUAGAAGUUAUUUUUUUAAACUUUAACUAUAUUUGUAACGAAUUUUUAUAAGCCCGUGUUUUGAUAAUCAUUUUCUAGACCGUA